GGCGGGGCUUGGCUGCCUCGCGCUGCCGCGAGCAUCUGAGGAGGAGCCGUUGCUGCCACCGGGGCGUGUGGAGAGAGUAGCGGGCGAGUAGCCGAGUCCGCUGACAGGGCAGGGGCCGGAGAUUAUGAUGACUGACACUAUGAAGCUUUGACUUCAGAAAACUGUUGACAAACCAUAAAUAUUGAUCGGCCUUAAGUUGACUAGCAACCGUAGUCAAGAAACCUCACAGGAACUCUUUCUUCACCACUUCCUUUGCAUCACAAAAUCAAUCAUGUAUGGAAGUGCUCGGUCAGUUGGUAAAAUUGAGCCAAGCAACCAGAGUCCUGGGCGUUCACCAAGACUGCCCCGAUCACCACGGCUGGGCCAUCGUCGAACCAACAGUACAGGAGGCAGCUCUGGAAGUAGUGCUGGGGGUGGCAGUGGCAAAACGCUUUCUAUGGAAAAUAUCCAGUCCUUAAAUGCUGCUUAUGCCACUUCAGGCCCCAUGUACCUAAGUGACCAUGAGAAUGUGGGCACAGACACGCCUAAAAGCACCAUGACUCUUGGCCGAUCUGGUGGGCGUCUGCCCUAUGGUGUAAGGAUGACUGCUAUGGGCAGCAGCCCCAACAUUGCCAGCAGUGGGGUUGCCAGUGAUACUAUUGCGUUUGGAGAACAUCACCUUCCUCCUGUGAGCAUGGCGUCCACUGUGCCUCAUUCACUGCGGCAGGCUAGGGACAAUACUAUAAUGGACCUGCAGACACAGCUCAAAGAAGUGUUGCGAGAAAAUGAUCUGCUGCGCAAGGAUGUAGAGGUGAAAGAAAGCAAACUUAGUUCCUCCAUGAAUAGUAUCAAGACAUUCUGGAGUCCUGAGCUUAAGAAGGAAAGAGCACUGAGGAAAGAUGAAGCAUCCAAAAUAACUAUUUGGAAGGAACAGUAUCGAGUUGUGCAAGAAGAAAACCAGCAUAUGCAGAUGACAAUUCAGGCUCUUCAAGAUGAGCUUCGGAUCCAGAGGGACCUGAACCAGCUUUUCCAGCAAGACAGCAGCAGUAGAUCUAAUGAGCCUUUUGUAGCAGAGCUUACAGAGGAAAACUUCCAGCGGCUUCAUGCGGAACAUGAGCGCCAGGCCAAGGAACUCUUCUUGUUACGCAAAACUUUGGAAGAAAUGGAGUUGCGCAUUGAAACUCAAAAGCAAACCUUAAAUGCUCGUGAUGAAUCCAUCAAAAAGUUAUUGGAAAUGUUGCAGAGCAAAGGGCUGUCUGCAAAAGUCACAGAAGAGGAUCACGAGAGGACCAGACGGUUGGCUGAGGCAGAGAUGCACGUGCACCACCUGGAAACCUUACUGGAACAGAAGGAAAAGGAGAACAGCAUGCUAAGAGAGGAGAUGCAUCGUCGCUUUGAAAAUGCUCCUGACUCAGCCAAGACUAAAGCUUUGCAGACGGUUAUAGAGAUGAAGGACUCUAAGAUCUCUUCUAUGGAGCGCGGACUCAGAGACUUGGAAGAAGAGAUCCAGAUGUUGAAAUCGAAUGGAGCACUCAGCACAGAGGAACGUGAGGAAGAAAUGAAACAAAUGGAAGUAUAUCGUAGCCAUUCCAAAUUCAUGAAAAACAAGGUAGAGCAACUGAAGGAAGAGCUAAAUGCCAAAGAGGCUCAAGGGGAGGAGCUGAAAAAGAGAGUGGCUGGUCUUCAGACUGAGAUUGGUCAAGUGAAACAGGAGCUGUCACGCAAAGACACUGAGCUGCUAGCCUUACAGACCAAGUUGGAAACGCUCACAAACCAGUUUUCUGAUAGCAAACAACACAUUGACGUACUCAAGGAGUCCCUUACAGCUAAAGAGCAAAGAGCUGCCAUUCUGCAAACAGAGGUGGAUGCUCUGCGGCUACGUCUGGAAGAAAAGGAGACAAUGCUUAAUAAAAAGACUAAGCAGAUUCAGGAGAUGGCCGAGGAAAAAGGAACUCAAGCUGGAGAGAUUCAUGACCUCAAGGAUAUGCUAGAUGUGAAAGAACGCAAAGUGAAUGUUCUUCAGAAAAAGAUUGAAAAUCUUCAGGAACAGUUAAGAGACAAGGAGAAACAGUUGAGCAAUUUAAAAGAGAGAGUAAAAUCUUUGCAGGCUGAUACCACCAACACUGAUACUGCCUUGACCACACUGGAGGAAGCCCUUGCAGAGAAGGAGCGGACUAUCGAGCGCCUGAAAGAGCAGCGUGACAGAGACGAGCGAGAAAAACAGGAGGAGAUUGACAGCAAUAAGAAAGAUAUUAAGGAUCUGAAAGAGAAAGUCAGCAUGCUACAAGCAGAUCUGUCAGAGAGAGAGGCUUCGUUACUAGAUUUGAAGGAGCAUGCCUCAUCUUUAGCAUCAUCAGGAUUGAAGAAAGACUCUCGGUUGAAGUCACUUGAAAUUGCCUUGGAACAGAAAAAGGAAGAAUGUUUGAAAAUGGAUUCUCAGCUGAAAAAGCAUCCUGAAGUCUUACUGAGUCACCCAUCCAAGCCAGCUCACGAAGCAACACUGGAAGCUAGGGCCAGUCCAGAGAUGAGUGAUCAUUUUCAACAGUUAGAGAGAGAAGUGACACGGUAUCGAGAAGAAUCCACUAAGGCUCAAGCAGAGGUGGAUCGCCUGCUGGAAAUCUUGAAGGAGAUGGAAAAUGAGAAGAAUGAUAAAGAUAAGAAGAUAGCAGAACUGGAAAGCCUCACCUCAAGGCAAAUUAAAGAUCAGAAUAAAAAGGUAGCAAAUCUGAAGCACAAAGAACAUGUGGAGAAGAAAAAGAAUGUGCAGAUGUUGGAAGAAGCUAGGCGGCGGGAGGACAGUCUGAACGACAGUUCGCAGCAGCUGCAGGACAAUCUACAUAAGAAAGAUGAUCGGAUUGAGGAGCUGGAAGAGGCACUGAGGGAAAGUGUGCAAAUAACAGCAGAGCGGGAAAUGGUUCUGGCACAAGAAGAAUCAGCCAGGUCACAUGCUGAAAAACAGGUAGAAGAGCUGAUGAUGGCUAUGGAGAAAGUGAAACAAGAACUGGAAUCUAUGAAAGCGAAGCUCUCCUGUACCCAACAAUCUCUGGCUGAGAAAGAAACCCACUUGACCAACUUGCGGGCUGAAAGGAGGAAACAUUUGGAAGAGGUUCUAGAGAUGAAACAAGAAGCCCUUCUAGCUGCCAUUAGUGAAAAAGAUGCCAACAUUGCUUUGCUGGAGCUUUCUUCCUCCAAGAAAAAAACCCAAGAUGAAGUGGCUGCCCUAAAACGAGAGAAAGAUCGCUUGGUGCAACAGCUAAAGCAACAGACACAAAAUCGCAUGAAAUUGAUGGCAGAUAACUAUGAUGAUGACCACCUCAAAUCGUCAUCUCAUUCCAACCAAACUAAUCAUAAACCCUCCCCAGAUCAGGUAAUUCAGCCUCUUUUAGAUCUUGAUCAGAAUCGCAGCAAGUUGAAGUUGUAUAUUGGACAUUUGACAGCCCUGUGUCAUGACCGGGACCCCCUGAUUCUCCGUGGACUCACCCCGCCUGCAUCCUACCACCUGGAUGAUGACCGUGCAGCUUGGGAGAAGGAGCUGCAGAAGAUGACAAUGGAGCAGCUUCAUGACGAGUUGGAGAAAGGCGAGAGGGACAGUGCAGAGCUUCAAGAGUUUGCCAAUGCCAUUCUACAGCAGAUAGCCGAUCACUGCCCCGACAUCCUGGAGCAAGUUGUCAAUGCACUUGAGGAAUCGUCAUGACCUGAACUGGUAGAGGCCCGCCAGAAGAGGCAUGCCCAGGGCCCGAGCCCAGCCAGCCCGAGGAGUCAUGAAGAUGAGGAACAGCAUGAGGGGAGAGACCAGAACAGAACUUUUGGUGCACCUUUUUAUAAAAAAAACAAAAACUGAACUGAACUGGUAUCUCAGCUCUUCCACUCUCGAAGUUCUGAAUCAUGCCUGCAUUCAUCUUCUCACUGCCUUCUAAACUUUGGAAUAUGCCUCCCAGUUACCUUUCCUGCCGACUUUUGUGAUGCGUCUGCUCAGAAAUUUGCUGAGCCCCGUAAACACGGAAGCGGCGAUGUUUUGGACACAACUGGUUCUGGUGGUUCCUAAGGUGGUAACGAUGGAGCACUUGCCUUGAUUUCCCAUGCUCUGGUAGUGGUCUGCAUCCAUUUAGCUAGCUCCGAAUCUGCUGCCUGUGUCUACACAAAUGUUUUACCUAAAAGAAGUUAUCGUAGAGGGAGAGUACCCUCUCAGCGGUCAUGACAAAUAAGCAAGCAGGCAGAAUGUUAAUGUGUAGUAUCUUCUUCAUAUCGUGAGCUGCAUUUUUGUUUACUAAACGGGCCCUGAAAUGCUGGGCCCUAUUUUCUUUAACUGGCUUUUCUUUAUCCAGCCAGUCUGUCAUUAUCUCUUCGGUGUAUCUUUGCAUUCUCAUUUGUGGGAUGCUUUCUUCAUGCCUGACUUUUUAACAGUUUCUAGUUUUACUUCUGUGCCUAGUAGCAGAGUACUAAAUAUGGUCACACCUAAUGCUUUACCUCCAUAGCACCCCAACACACUGAUUAGUGAGUCCAGAAUAGUUUCUCCAAAUGGCGUCCUGUUUGCAAAGCCAAAUUAACAGGCUGGAUAGGAAUCUGAAUAUUCAUAUGUAUUGCACUAAUUGUGGACAUAGUUUUAUGUGUGUGCUGGUUUUAUGCAUAGUGUCAUUCUACAGGUAUUCAGCAGAACAAUUUUGGUAUCGCUGUAUUCUUCCUUAGAGAAACUAACUUUGUAUGUAGGUUUUCAAUUUUCAGAGUCAAUAGUACCUCUACAGCCAAUAAGAGAAAAGUGGUCAGGAACUGGGACAUAAUGAGGUAGAGGAAAGAGUUCUCACUCUUAGGUUGUUUUUUUACUGUUUUGACUGAUUCACCGUGUUUGGUUUUUUCCAGCAUAAGUGUUUCAGAGAUGGAAGUUCCCAUAAUGUGGUUCCCUUGACCCUGCAUUCCACAUUGGUAAGGCAGACGCUCUGAAGUCUUUUUCCCACCUUAUUUCAGAGGCAUUGCCAAAUGUAUUAAAUAAUUAUUUCCACUAUCUUGAAUUUUACUCUCUUCUUCUGCAUUUCCCCCCAAAUCUGGCAACCCAUAUGCUAAGACAUCACUGAUUUUUUCAAACAUAUACAGAAAGGAAAGUAACACUCUCAAAAUUAGCAUUUCUGGUAUGGUCCUUGUAUUUUAUUGUAAAGGGAUGUAAAGGGGCCAUCCGGUGCCAAUUUAUUUACUGAUGUUCAGUUCCUUCCUUUCUGCAGCAGUUGCAUUGGGGUACCUUGAGGCACUCGAGAAAAGAGACGCAACAGAAGUAGUCUUGGUCUUGAGCAGCAUCGCCUUCUCCCGUGGUUUUCUCAUGAGAAAUUUACGUGGCUCGUUCAUGGCUUUUGGGGAUGGGGUGGGAGUUGUAGAACUGACAGCCGUAAUAUCCUGUGGCUGCUGCUUUUCAUCCCAGAGCCGUAAAAUGGAGCGGGGAGAGCUGAUUGUUCUCAAGGUUGAAAUUGCCUUUACCGGAAGGCAUGUAGACAGUGACUGUACAUACCAUGAGCCAUGCCUCAUACCAGAGCCGCGCCUUUGGCCCUAUUGUUUGAAUCAGCGCAUUUUGAUAGGAGCUUCUGUUUUGAAAUCUUCUAGCUUGUUCUUCUUCACCCCUAAUUACUCACUGUAGGAAUUUAAUGGUGCCUGUAAAACUAUCACAGCCCUGCAGGCCUAGCAUCUUCCCACCACCACCACUCCCCGGCUGUCCCAUUAAGUCUCCAGCUGCCCCUUGUUCCCUGCUGUAAAACAAUCUACUCUCUCUGUGGGAGAAGCUGUGGAAUUUUCCUUAUCAGGUGGCUGCAACCGACUGUGCUUGUAAACCUCUUAUGGGAGAUGAUUCUUCAUAGCAUUUGUUUUUGCUGAGGGUAGGGAGGGGAGCCAGUCAUAGAUAAUUGCCUGUGGUUGCUCCUUCAUCCCCACGUGUUUAUUGGGCUGCCCAUAAAUCACAGCUCUCCAUCUUCGUAUUUCUGGAGCCUUUAACUCAGCUGCCACCAUGUGGCUAUGCUACUGCAAAAAAGAAAGAAAGAAAGAAAGGAAAAGAAAGAAAGAAAGAAAGAAAGAAAGAAAAGAAAAGAAAAGAGGGGAAAGGCCCUGGGAUUGCUUCAGCAGACACAGGCUCUUGCCUGCACAGUGUUUGCAAUACAGAUUGCAAUGAAAUGGUGAUAACGCCCAUUGUUUACACUCUACUCUACUCACAGCAUGUUUUCUGGAGGGAUUAUUAGAGCAGAGCCUGUUCCCACACUGGCCAUUUGGUCAUUGUUCAAACCCUCCCCUCAUCUCCAAAUUUGGAAUACGCCUGUCUUGCAAUGCCUUCCGAUUCCUUCCCCGCACGCAAAAGUACAACUUUUCCACCUUGUUCUGGGAACUUAGUCCUGCCAUUAUAACUAUCAUGAUUAGGAUUAGCGUACUAGAUAGCAAUUAUAAAUAUGAAACCUCUGCCAGUCCUACUGCUACUAUCAUUGACACACAUACAACAGCACUCCUGUGUUGAGCUAAACCAUUUACUUAGUGAAGUGAAAAAGUAAUAAAGGUGCCUUAAUGAUCUAAAACAGUAUAAACAUACAAAACAUUCCACCAUACAAAUGUACACAAAACAUGUAUGAAUCAAACAAUUCCCUUAAUAACAGUCUCAGCUGCAACAAUAGGGAACUAGAGUGAAUCUGUACUUCUUCUUUGGAACACGAAGUGUUCAGCAGAAGGCCACUCUAUAAGGCCUUUGUGAUACGGAAGUAUUUUCAUAAAUUACUUCUUCAGUAGAAUGCUGUUAAAUACUCAGUGUUGUAAAUAAUCCUCUGCGAAUGGAUAAUUCAGUAUCACAUUAACACAGCUUGCUUAACCAUUCUCAAGGCACAUUUCAAGACAUGAUCAGGUGCAGCAUGAUAGUAGCAGUAGGACUGGCGGUGGUUUCAUAUUUAUAAUUGCUAACUUAUUUCUGCCACCCUGAAGCCCAUUCUAAAUCAUUAGAAAAGGAGCUUUAGAGAGAGAAACCAAGCAAUGUUUUACCUUGGAGUAGAGCAGAUUUAGAUUUAUCAGUGACUUCUUUAGGAACUGUGAGGCCUCAGUUCUAAGGCUUUGAUCAUGCUAGGGCAGUUGAACAUGGCCUGCUUCAACUUCUUUCCUUUAAUGUGAAAUAUGAGACAGUUGACUUCCUUGGAAGUCAAGUUGACAUUGUCUGCUUAUGAGAUGGUAUACCAACAUGGUCAAGUCAGAAGGGAUUGUAGAUAUAUGUGUCCAUCUGAUCGCCAGUACACACAUCAAUUGUAGAUGUCUGUUCCUGAGACAAGUAGGAUUCAUCACUCAUGUUCAGUAAAGAUGGCUCUGGACAAAUGUGCCACAGUUGUAUAAUUUUGGCUGUUUUGUCCUUGAGUCCAAGAUUCAAAAAUACACUCUUAUCAGGGAAUUCCAGCAUACCUUGUUUUGGGUUUGCCACAUUAGUGGGGUUUUCUUCACGAUUAUAACCGGCUUGGCUUUCUUUAGGUAAUAUUUGUUUACUUCUUAAAACUACAGCAGUUUGAUUUGUUAAAUAUCAAAAAGGUUUCUAAACUGCAGGAGUCCUCCCUACAGGAGGGAAUAAGAGACUUCAUCUUACUUUGUGUGUAAGAACUCAAAUAAUUUCUUGACAGGUUGAUUGAAAAUCUUGAACGAUCCUCAGGAAUACAAAUUCUCAUUUCAAAAUCAUGUGUAAUCCUGAUAUGAACAAUAUUUCAACAUUGGAAUUGCGUAGUGACAAUAGCUGCCAACAUGUAAGGAAAGAAUUGUCGGCACAUCUAGAUGAAAAAGGUUUCUGGUGUAUUGGGUCUGUUACAGUUAUUAUUGUGGCUGUUUUUUCACUCAGCAAUGCCAAACAUUCUCUGGAAAUCCCAAACACCAACUACAGUGAAAGUAAUGGCAUUAUGCUGAGGCACUAUGUGUGCCAUCAAAUACGAUUUAGAGAAGGGAAAAACCUGCGAGGGUAUUGCUCCAGGAGACUUUUCAUCCUAGAGGAUUUUCUUUAUGUAUUUUGCAACCAAGGUGCAUUCUGUUUCUAACCAUUCUAAUGUUUCGAGGGUACUCUGCUUGAGGAAAUUCUUGCAUCAUGAAAAAAAAAGUUAAUGAAACACUGUUUUUCUCCCGUCUCGUACCUUGUUGUGUUUGAGUGCCAUGAAAUUUUUCUUAUCAAAAGACAGUGGGAUGCAUCGUUUUAUAUUGGUUUCUAUCACAAGUAUAGUUUUCCUGCUGUCACUGUAGUAGAAGUUCUUGCAGUGAGUUUAGUGUAAUGAUCAUGGAGUGUCUUUCUGUCAAAGUGCUUGGGGUUUGAAGGAACCCUUUCAGAAACUCUUGCAGCAUGGAGAAAUGGAAAGUGGAGCGCUCUAUAUUUAAUAACACUGCCCCAACAAAGCUAGUGGGGUGGGAAAGUCAGUCUGUGGGUGUUUUGGGGCUGCCAGAAUUGACAAGACAAAUUCCUCUCUUGCCAAUUACUCAGUCUUGUCAGCUCAGCAGGUGCUGUUUUUAUAAAAUAAAUAAUAUUUUUUAACCUUUUUCCAUUUAAGUAGAGGAAGCAUUAUCCUUUCUGAACAAAAUGGCUGUGUCUGCUGAUUUUUUUAAAAAAAUAGAAGAAUAAAAUCAUUUCCAAACUUUUUAGUGUCAAAAACAUAAACAUAAGAAUAAUGACUUUUUUCCAGUGUGUGUGGCGAGUGCUGUAACCUGUCAUCAUUGGUAUUUCUCCCUUGACUUUUUCAGGGUUUUUUUUAUUUCCUGUUUUGUUCUCUGCUUGUCGAUUAUUGUCUAUGUGGUCCUCGGGCUGGGGCAGUUAACUGACAAUGUGUGUCUAUUGUUCGAUUUACUUUUUAAAAGAUAGAAGUAGAAAUGAAAAUAAAAGUCGUGUUUAAAAAUAUAAGCAUUUAAUGUGUCAUCCAAAGGAAUUCAAAAUAUGAAAAGGCAAAGUUCUGGAUCCCUCCUCCCAGUUUCUAUAAGGACAUGGAUUUUUAUUUUACUUUUUAGGUUCAUGGUACCUAUCAGUUGCCUUUGACAGACCAAGGAAGACCAAACCAGUGUGGCCUCUUAGGAAUGUUAUUAACUCUGAACUUGUAACCCUCUGCUGUACAGUCUGCUUUUAAAACAUAGAAAGGGACAAUUAUUAGCUAGUUUUUGCUAGCUGCUGCUGUCCUUGUAGAUAUCCCUGGGGGCUGUAAAACUGCAGUUUUGGCUUAACAUUUGGGAUGCAGUGAAUCAUAUUUGCAUACACACCAGUCCUACCUGUGUCUCCUGGAAGCUACUUAGCAUUUCUAAAUGCACCUUCAGCUCUGCCAGGACCAGUUUACAUGGGUGUGGUUAUUCUGUGCCCACCUACUUUUGAAAAUGUUCCUCUAGAAUUUCUUGUUUUUGUAUCAAAGGGGUUUGCAGUUCUUUUCUAUACCAUUGAAUUAAAAUAUAUGGACUUAUGGUAUGGAGAACCUAAAUCUUUGUAUAAUAAAUACACUUCUAGUGGUAUUGGUGACAUCUUAAACAUGAAUGUACAUUUUAAAAAACUAAUUUUGGGGAAAUAGAUUUUUCCCAUUGACUUCUCUUCCCCAUCAGUUUGCUCAGAUCAUGAUUUAGGUAGUUAAUUCACUUACUUGGGUUUGAUAAGACCUGUUUAUGUUGAGACAGUGUCUAAGUUCUGCAUUUCAGCUUGCUUUCUGCUCAUCAGCCUGUGGUGCUUACCAGAUGUUCACGUUUCAACUCUGAGGGAUGAUAAAAUAAAUAGCAUUAUAUUCCUCCACCUCCCCAAAAAAGAGAAUGCCUCCCAUAUAGUUUCAUAAGACAUGCUAUUCAUCCUUAUUUGCCAAAACAGUAUUCUUACUUCCCUUGGGUUCAUCUCAUGCUAAAAACUAACUGUCAAUUUCUAGUUUUCUGGAUCAUUCAUUACAGCAGUGCCAGUGAGCUGUCAUACUGAGUGAAAAAUUGUAGGAAGUCCUCGAUUCUCCCACUACAGACAGCAAUCUUUUAUCUGCUUGGAAAGUGGUAUGUUGCACUUUAACGGAGGAGAAGACUAGCUUUGCGGGAUAAUCCUGACAUACUUUGAGUUCCUUCUGGAAGCAAGCGGCAGCAGGAGGUGGUAAAAAUGCCUGUGAUGCCUGUGUGCAAGCUGCCUUCAGCUUUUACGUGUUUUAUUGAUGGAGUCAUGUUACUGACAGGAUAAUGAAUUGCAAGGAAAAAAAAUGUUAUAUAUUCAACUUUGCCUUGACAAUAUAAAACACUUUUGUUCAGUUUUGUUUCCUUUUUUAUUCACAAACUAAGUUCAUCAGAAAAUUAUAAAAUUAUUU